AUGGCACAGAAAACAGCUAUUGACGCCGCCAUACAAGCAAAUAAGGAUCAUCAAUAUGCCCUCAAAGUGUACAUUGAGCGUCUUGAAAAUGAGCUCAAGACCAUUGAUAAGAUGAUCUCAGCUAUAGAUUCCGACGAUGAUGAUACAGAAGACAUACCUGACAAUGGAAUAGUCUAUGUUGAGGGUGCUACAAAGCCUGUGUCGGUAGUGUUGCCAAAGUUCCUUCUAUCCGAAGAGUCUCCUUUCGCAGAAGAUGCCCAGUGGCGGAAACGCUAUGAAGAAUACACGACUGUGAACCAGAUGAAGACCAAGGAGCAUGAGGCAUUGCGGGAGGCCGUUCGGAUCGAGAACAUGAGGAUGCUGACUCUGAACGCACAGAGCCGAAAUCAGCAUGUCGAUCUUAAAGCAUUUCCACCCGAGUAUUUUGAACAGAAUACAGAAGGGAUUGAUUGGCGGCGAGUUUCUGUCAAGAUGAGCUCUUUACUUCCGAGUUCCUCACUUCGGACGCCUCUCGAGUGCAAAAUACGCUGGCUCGGUCAUUUACAUCCCUCAAUAAACCACGGCAGUUGGACUCCCGAAGAGAUUCGGAAAUUGAAGGACAUCAUUGUUGAGGAAGAAAAUAGGAACGCGCCAAUAAAUUGGACCGGCAUUGCAAAAAAGCUAGAGACGAAUCGGACGCCUCUUGACUGUAUGCGGCACGGCAUGGCACGCAGGGUCCACACGUGGAGUCCAGAAGCAGACCGGAGACUGCUCGAAGCAGUGGAGCUAUACGGACAGAACAACUGGCAGCUAGUCGCCAUGACUGUAUCCGAAGACGCAACAGCUCAUCAAUGUCAAAAGCGCUAUCUCGAUGCCCUAGAUCCUUCCUUAAAAUUUGGACCCUGGACACCAGAAGAGGAUGAUCAGCUGCGACGAGCUAUCGCUGCAUUCACCGGAACGCCUCUAGCCUCAAUUUCAAGUACUGAGAACACUGCUACUGCCGCACCGACGAAGCAAACAAUUCCUUGGCAGGAUGUCGCGCUUUUCGUACCUGGACGUACGAAUAAUCAGUGUCGUGAACAUUACCAGGAUACGAUUUUGAAGUCUACCAAGAGGAAAAGAAAGGUAAAGACGAAUAAGGCCACUUCGAAAGGGAAGGAAAAAGUGAGCGCAGUAGGGGAUGCAGACGAGGCGGAGGAAGAUAGUGAGUCGAAUGCAACUGAGGCUGUUGAAUCUACCGAGAUGGGGAAUGGGAGGAGAGAGAAGUCGGUGUCAACGACGGGACCACGAACGAAGAAGAUGGGUGGAAAAGACAGACAGAAAGCUGAUGGGAUCCGUACAACGGUCGAUUCUGAGGUCAACGCAGAGUCGGAAGAAACACAACAACCAGAUAGUCCUUCGUCUCGUUCACGACCACGCAAGAAAGCAGACUCCAUUAUCAAACAGACGAACGUCCCGGAAUAUGUCGAGCCGAAUGCACACUCGGAAGCAUCUAAUGACGCACAUACACCCGACUCAGAGCCAACUAAGAGGAAGGGGAAAGCUGCUGCAAAACGAAAAACAUCACCGCUAGUCAAUGCUGAAGUCUUCGAUCAGCACAUCAUUGACGGUAGUGACUAUACCGUUGACUCUACCGCCGAAGGACAACUUCCUGUCGCAGAGCCAGUCAGCAAGAAGCGGAAGACAGCAGGACGGCCUAAGAAAAGGGGAACAAGUUCGGAAGGAACGACAUUACACGCUGAGUCGCAUGCUGGGUCUAAUGAUUCGGUACCGUCAACCGCGUCUGAAGUGCCUCCUAUACAAGGUGAAGAUACAGCAAGCUCGGGAAGACGGAGGAGUACAAGGCUUUCGAGUGGCAAGGCUUAA